AAAAAUAAAAAAAAAACAACUCAAGUUUCAAAAGACAGCAAAUUUUGUAACUUAUUGACAGACCAAAACGUAUAGUUAGUGGUAAUAGCACUAUUAGAAAAAAAAGAAUAUAAAUGAAAAGAUGAAGGAAAAGAUGAACAGGAAGCAUCAUAUGGCCCCGACCCCAUGGGAGGUCUUCUCAUCACUGGGCCCAUAAUGUGAUUUCCGUCUUCCUCCCAUCUUUGAUUUUUCACUGCCUAUUCCUUUCACCUCCUGCCCUUCAUUAUUUGUUCCUUUAUUUAGCAAAACAAAAAAUAAGUUCAUCUGGAAUAUUCAUUAAGUAAUCAGUCAUCACCGCUCUAUGUCUGGAGAAAGAGGCAAAGAUUUCGCCGAAGGAUCGUCCGCUGGAGGUUCUCUGAAUGAUGAUCAGCAGCAGCCGGCUACACCAAGCCGCUAUGAAUCCCAGAAGAGAAGGGACUGGAACACUUUUGGUCAGUACUUGAAGAACCAGAGGCCUCCAGUGGCACUGUCUCAGAGCAAUUACAACCAUGUACUGGAGUUUCUUAGGUAUCUGGACCAGUUUGGGAAGACCAAAGUUCAUCUCCAGGGUUGCAUGUUUUAUGGGCAGCCUGAGCCUCCUGCUCCUUGCACAUGUCCACUUAGGCAAGCCUGGGGCAGCCUGGAUGCUCUCAUAGGGAGGCUGAGGGCUGCCUACGAAGAAAAUGGAGGAUCCCCGGAGAACAACCCUUUUGCUAGCGGUGCAAUCAGGGUUUACCUGAGGGAGGUCAGGGAGUGCCAAGCUAUGGCAAGAGGGAUUCCUUUUAAGAAGAAAAAGAAGAAGCCAAGUCCAAGCAAGGGAUCCGGACCAAAUGAUGAUGAAUCAAGUUCUACCAUGCAUUUUUCUUGAUGCAUGUUUGAUUCCUUUGGCCAAUUUCAGAAUUAAUCAAAGGGAUCAUAUGGAAAUUGAACGAAAAGGAAGGAAUUGUUCCAAGGGAAUUUGCCUGGAUGCUUUCGGUAUUGUCAAGUUCGAUUAUGGCUUUUUUUUUUUUUUUGGGUCAAAUUACAUAAGGAAUAAGUUGAUCUAUAUAAGUAGCGAUCACUUAUGGCUUGCUGGCAUGAACACGAAUCGGUAUUAGUUCCCUUUGUUAAAUUGUAAUUGGAGAAUUUGAAAGCAUGUAAUAGAUUAUCGGAAAUCCUUUAUGCUUGGAUAUAUAAAUAUAUAUUUGUAUCCUGCUCGUUAU